UGAUAAACACUUGGGCACAUUUAUACAUUUAUAGAGAAGAGUAUUAAAGAUUAGAAAAUCUUGAAUUAAAGUUUAAUCAUUAAGCCAUGGAUGGCAUUGUCAAAAAUAGUUUUAAAUUGCUUUCAGCGCAAAAAACAAUUUAUCAAUUUAGUCGGUCCUUAGUUAUAUUAGAACGACGCAAUCCAGUUCAAUUACAAAAGAAAAAUUCAAAACAGAAACCAGUACUAAAAGGAAGACAUUUUGUCUAUGAUGUUGUUGAAAAUCUAGAUAUUAAGAAAAAAGAAAAUAUAGAUGUUAUUUUAACAUCAUUUAUUGAAGGUUUGGGACAUAAAGGUGAAAUAGUGUCUGUUAAGCCAUCAUUUGCCUAUGAUCAUCUUCUUUUGCCACAGUUAGCUGUUUAUGCCUCUCCUGAAAACAUUGAAAACAUGAAAAACAAUUUGUAUGUUGCCAGAGAUGAAGAAAAACCAAGUUCCAUUUAUUCUUUAAAAACUAUGAAAUACCUUCAAAAUAUGGUUUUGGGUGUAUGUAUGAAUAAAGAUGAACCAUGGACAAUUGAAAAAUGGCAUAUUAGAGUGGCAUUACGUAAAAUGAACAUUCAUGUUUUAAAUGACGAUUGUAUUGAAAUACCUAAAAAGCCAAUUAGUGGUCCAAAUCUUACGUUAGAAGGGAAAUCUUUUAUUUCAUAUGUUACUAUUAACAAGAAAGAAAGAGCAGCCAUACAAUGUCGUGUACAUCAUUGGAGCACAAAACUUGCAGAUCGACUACCUUAUCAAGAAUUUUUUUAUUUAGAUUCGCCUGAUCCAAUUUUUCCUGAAGAAAAAGAAUUGUUAGAAUCUUUAAGAGCUAAUAAAAAGGCAAAAGCUUAGUUGUAAUGUUUUGUAGAGAUUAUAAUUAUAUAUUUAAAGUGGUUAAAUUUGUAAAAUUAUAAAAUAUUUAACUGCUUACUAAA